AUACUUCAUGUGCUUUAGUAACUGGGCAACGACAUAUCGCACUUCCGUGCUGGUUGCCGGGCAACGUGUGGACGCGGCCGGCUGUUCGGAGUGGAGGUGAUGGCUGCUGUGUCCGGCCCGCUGGUGCAGUACGGCCGGAGGAAAGGUUCGAGCAGAAUGCAGACAGCAGAGAGGUUUGCAGGAAACGUGGCGGGGGCCGCAGGCGCGACAGUAGAUCUCCGGGAAGUCGCCGUUUUUCCCAGGGCAGAAUGGGAGCGUAUCACAAACCAGGCCAGUUCACUGGAGAAAGAAGCAAGGAAACUGUACGAGGAAAGGAAUGAAAGAGAAGCCUUACAUCUACGAUCCAAGGAAAUGGUGAAAAACUGGACCAACACCAUAUCCGGUUUAAGGAAGGAAAAAUUACAGGCAAAAAAAUUGCGGGAGGAAAGAGAAGAGGAGGAGAAAAAAAGGAUUGAUGUGGAGGAGGCGCAGUACCAGGCGGAAAAGAGGAGACAAGCGAUCGAGGACGCCAGGGUCAAGCAAUACUUUCAGAAUGACAAAGUGAAGACCUUCCACAGUGCAUUGAUGCUUACUGAAGUCAUAAAAGAACGAGAUGCCCAGAUAGAACUCAGAAAUAAACUGAUGAGUAUGAACAAAAAGCAAGACAAGGACACCUUGGCUAAAGUGCAGCGGGAACUGGAAGAAAGUAUUUCUAAUGACCAGCAGAAGGCGCUGCAGAGAUCAACCGAGAGGAAGAAUAACGCAAAUGAUCUUCUGAAGCAGAUAGAGGAGCACAACCAUGCUGCUGACUUAGAGAAACGAGCCAACUACAGAGAAAGCGAAGAGAUCCAGAGACAGGCCAGGCUGUAUGAGUGGGAAAGGAGUAAAGUAGCCAAACUGAAAACGGAGGAGAAGAAAGAAACGAUGAAGACUCAUCUGGCACAUGUUGCUGACAGAGACCUCCUACGAGCGCUUGAGAAGCAGAUGGAAGAAGAGAAUUAUGACCUGAUAAGACGUUAUGUUCUUGCAAAGAAAAAAAUGGCAAAUCUGAAAAAGGAGAGAGAAGCAGAAUUAUAUAGAAAAACAGUGGAGCGCAGGGAUAAAAUCACCGAGCUGCUGGCAGCACAAAUGAAGCAAAAGCUCGACGACGAAGAAGAACGUCUAACCAGAGCUCUGGAUGAAAUGGAAGCAAAGCUGAAAAAAGAAAGCCAGGAAAAAGAGGAAAAGAGAAAAGCAGAUCUGAAGGCAAUAGCAGAGCACAGAAUCGCCAUGAGGAAGAAGAAAGAGGAAAAAGAAAAGGAAGAAAAAAGAAAAGGAUUCCAGGCCCUUUAUGAGAUAAAAGAAGCUGAUAACUUCUUUAUUGCUCAGCAACGGGAGAAAAUGAAGAGAGCGGAGGAUGAAUGUAAAAAUGUGCAAACAACACAGAUCCAGCAGAUGGCUGAGAAGAAGAAAAUGACACAAGCAGAACUAGAAGCAGAGUUUGGUUUUGCCAAGCAGAAUGAAGCACUGCUAAGUAAGGAAGAAGAGGUAUUUCAGGAGUAUGCUAAAAAUGUGAUUGAUUCAGUCACCAAAACUGGCGGAAAUCCACUACCACUUCUAAAAGCAGCACAGAAGGGCACCGGAGGUGGUCGUGGUCCGGUUUACUCUGACAGAGGAGGCAUUCGACCUAGUUAUCAGGUCAAAGACACCAGCGGAGUUCAGUUGCCAGCUUAUCAGACCACCACCACCCAAGAAAUAAAGGAAAUGAAUGAUUGUGGUGAUGUACAACAAGGGAAGAGAAGACUCGGUUUUACAUUUUAAUCACUUUGCUGUAUAAGCCGUGUGAAGAUUCUGUAACACAAAAUAAAAUAGAUACCGAA